AUGGCCAAAGCAUUAAAAAAAAACAAUAAUAGCAAACCAAAAUCAUGUCCUUUUAAUCAGUCGGAUCAAGCCAAACGUGAAAAGGCACAAAAAAUGCCUUUCAUUCUUGGAGAAGCAUCCCAUUUCUAUCACUGCUGCCGACUUGGCUCUACUAGUAGCGUGCACACCACACUAGAAGAUACGGCCUCAGGAAUCGGAGAAACAAUCGACGAAUUAAAUGCUUUGCAGCCGAAUGGAAGCACAGCACUUCAUGCAGCUACAUACUACGGUCAUUUAGAAAUCGUUGAACUUCUUUUGCGUUACGGUUGUAGUCGAACUGCAUUAAAUCGAUACGGUAAAAGAGCCUAUGAGGAAGCAUCGACACCUGAAAUGAGGAAACUAUUCGAUCGACCUAACACGACUAAUCGUUUCCAUGAAUUGGACCCGACUCAUACGAUCGCUCUUUACAUAGCUGAAGGAACAAACCCAGAUCCAAACCCUAAUGCCACAUUCAAUUACAUUCAUUUCUUUAAGUCAGACGAUGAAAUUCUUGAAUAUUCACUCAAUCAAGAAACAACUGCUCUGUGGCUCAAAUUUUACAAUUGGUUUACACACUCAUUUCGUUCAUUUCUUCCCACUGAAAAUUUCAGUGUGGACGGUUUUGAUCUUCAAAAUCACGCUGACUUUAAGCAAUUUCUUCAGAGUCUUCCUGAUCCUAAGAUGCGUGAAAAUUGCCUGAAAUUCAUGAAUGAAGCUAGCCGAAGAAAGUCAAUUGAGCCUCUAAUCACACUUUAUACCAGUGAAGAAGCUGGAUUGUAUCGACCACUCAAUCAACAAUUGGCUAGUUCGCCGACCGAAGCUCAAACCAGUCCACACCUAUGCGACAGAUUCGUCAUGGAGUUUUGUCUCAAGCGAAACGAACUCAAACGACUAGCAUUCAUUGGUACUAGUUAUCGUGGUGCUACACUCGCUGUUGCCGAUAUCGCUGUUUAUAGAUCGGCACUACAGAAUUCUUCUACGCCGGUACUUGGUCUAAAAGCGUUCACAUCAACAUCGAUAGAUCCACUCAUUGCUCUUAGCUUUGCUAUGAAAAAUCCAAUCAGUCAAGAUGAACGACAUGUUCUCUUUGUUUUUGAAGUCACGAAAGCUUCAUCGACAAUAUUUGGCAUCGAAAAUAUUUCUAUUUAUACUCAAGAACGAGAAGUAUUGAUUUUGCCUGGCACACUUUUCGUAGUUGUUGACGUCCAAGAAAAGGUCGACCUCAAUAUUACACAAAUUGUCUUACGUCAUUGGAAAGUCUCCUUUUCUUUCAUGACCAAACUGAAACAAACAUUUCGAUCGGGUAAAAAACCUGUCACCUGA